AUGCGGCUCGCAAAUGAAGCUAUAAGACGAGUACGCCAUCCUAUACCAACAGUAAAUGAUGUUAGUUUUGCUCUGAAUGGAGCAAAAUUUUUCUCGAAACUUGAUUUGAGCCAAGCGUAUCAUCAGUUAGAACUGGAUGAACAGUCUCGUUAUAUAACAACCUUUAGCACUCAUGUAGGUUUGUAUCGCUACAAAAGACUAAACUAUGGUACAAACGCUGCAGCGGAGAUAUUUCAGUACACACUCCAAACUGCACUGCAAGGGCUUAAAGGCGUCAAGAACAUAGCUGAUGAUAUCAUUGUAUUCGGCUCAACAAGAACUGAACAUGACGCUAAUCUUGACAAAUGUCUACAACGACUUGCAAUGAAGGGCUUACGACUAAACCGAAGCAAGUGUAAUUUCCUUAGCACUACAUUGUCAUUUUUCGGACAGGUCUUUUCGAAAGAAGGUACUCAUCCUCAUCCUAGGAGAGUAGCUGAUCUAUUAAAUGCACCUCAGCCAAAUAAUGCACAUGAAGUCAGGAGCUUUCUUGGCAUGGCCAACUAUGUAGUAAGUACAUUCGAGAUUUUGCAACACUAA